AUGCCUCUAACUGCUCUACCCAAGGCGUUUGAUUUGAAAGAGCUAAAGAAAGGAUACUUUCCACAUUUAUUCAACACUUUGGCUCAUCAGAAUUAUGUAGGGCCAAUUCCAGCGCUCGACUUCUACGAUCCCGACCAUUUAAAGGAAGACGCUCGGGAAAAAUUAUUAAAAUGGCACGGCGAAAGACAAGCGGAGGGAUACGUUUUUGAUUUUCAGAAAGAAAUCGUUGAAUACUGUAUCUCCGAUGUGGAAAUAUUGACACAGGCGUGUCUCAAAUUUCGAGACCUGAUGAAAACCGAAACCACAGUCGAUCCCUUCCAGGAAAGCACCACUAUUGCAUCAUGCUGUAACAAAGUCUUUAGACGCAAUUUUUUAAAACCUGAGACGAUCGGGAUUCUACCGAACCAGAACUUAUAUCACCCCGUUUUACCGUCAAAAAUGAACAACAAAUUGAUGUUUGUUAACUGUCAAAAAUGUGGUGAAGAUUUCGUUCGAGAAGAGUGUCAGCAUUCUAUUCAAGAAAGAAGCCUAAAAGGAACUUGGGUGAUAGAAGAGGUGCUCAAAGCUAUUGAAAAAGGUUACCAGAUUAUAGAGACUUACGAAAUAUGGGAAUACGAUACAAUUCAGCUCAGUAAAGACCAAGAGGGGUUAUUUAGCGGAAUGAUGAACAAGUUUCUACAAAUAAAACAACAAGCUUCAGGAUGGCCCAAACAUUGCUUAACGGAUGAAGAAAAAAACCGUUAUAUUGAUGCAUUUUUGGAUAGAGAAGACAUAAAGCUGGAAUUUUCAAAAAUUAUAGAGAACCCCUGUUUGAGAUCGUUAGCUAAACUUAUGCUGAAUUCCUUUUGGGGUAAAUUUGCUCAAAAAGAAAACCAAAACAAAACCUCAAUAGUCAGAGACUGUGGUGAAUUCUUUGAUAUGCUGACUAAUCCUUCUAUUCAUGUAAAUACAGUUCUCCCGGUAAACGAAGAAACCCUUCUCAUAACUUGGGAAUUUAGAGAAGAGACCUAUGACGUUUCUUCAACGGUUAACGUUGUAUUGGCUUCAUAUGUCACGGCCCUAGCUAGACUAAAAUUAUAUUCAUUCUUGGAGAAAGUGGAAGAAAGGGCAGUUUACGUAGAUACAGAUUCAUGUAUUUAUAUCUCUCGUAAGGGAUUAGACGACAUAUCUACAGGCGACUUCAUAGGUGAUAUGACCGAUGAGCUCAAUGGGGGUUUCAUAUCAGAGUUUGUUUCUGGAGGACCUAAGAACUACGCCUACAAAUAUACUACUUUGUCUGGAGAGGAACAGAUCGUAUGUAAAGUAAAAGGCAUAUCACUCAACUACAAGGCAUCCCAAGUAGUCAAUUUUGAGAAAAUAAAAGACAUGGUGCUGAAGAAAUCUGAUCCUGUUUCUGUACUUUCUCGACAGCUACGACGUACAAGAGAGCAUGCAGUAGUAACAGUCGAGUUUCCUAAGGUAUACAAGAUAACUUCAAUGAAAAGGAAAUUCUAUGAAGAUCAUACCUCUGUACCAUUUGGAUUUAAGAAAAUAAAGUAUUGA